AUGACCAUCUCCCCAUCAUCCACCAAAGCACCCCCGUUAGAGCGACGCACCUCCGCCUUAAAGGGCGAGAUCGUGGAGAUCUGGUCGCAAGUCCAGGCCCGCGUCGUCCAGCUCGCCGGCGGUGACUCCUCCAAGAUUCAAGCCGAUCUGACCAUCGAGGGCGUGUUGGCUUUUCUCGACAAGGCGCAGGAUGCGUCGGCGAAGAAGGAUAGUAGUAUUCGGGAUGCGUUUGAGAAGACGUUGCAGUUUAUUGAUACUGUUGGGGGGAUUGUUGCAGGCGGUGCGUCGGAGGUUUUUGGCCCGUCAGAGCUAUGCUUCAACGCCGUGAGUAUGGUGAUCCAAGCAUGGCAGGGAUACCAGGGUGUAUUCGAGAGUCUGGCGACGCUUCUUGAGAAAUGCGGGCAGUACAUGACCCGGCUGGAAUAUUACAUCCGGGGUGGGCUGGAUGCGAAGCUGGCCAAAGUCGCCUGCCAGCAUCUGCAGCUAUUCGUGGAAAUUUGUGAUCGGACGAUCAAGCUGCGGCGAUCGAAGAGGCGGAAGCUGAUCGUGUUCACGAAACUGCUCUUCCUUAACGACAAUGACAUUGAUGAUUUGCUGGGGAAGAUGAACUCGCUUGUUGACGAGGAGGGCCGGCUUGUCACGGCGCAGACGUUCAGCUUUGCAGCCGAGACGGUGGUCAGCACCCGUGAGAAUCUGGCGAUUAGCAGGGCUGUUAAUAGCAAGAUUGACAUGUUGAUUGCGAGCCGGUCGGAUUCGCUGAAAGAAAGCGAUACGAGGAGGCGGAAGGAGAAGAUUCUCGAGACCCUGGCGUUUGACGAGAACAAGCUGGACCAGGAUAGGAGAGAGCCGGAUCCGUACUGGCAGAGAGUCUAUUACAAUUAUCGCAAGUUUGUCGUCCCUGAUACCGGGCAGUGGAUUUUCUCGGAGCCUGAGUUCAAGGCGUGGGAGAAAGGGAGUGAGGAGGCGCCUGCGAUCCUGGCGAUUGAGGGCACAGAAGGCUCAGGAAAGAGUUAUCUGGCAUCAACAAUUAUUCGGAGACUCCGGAAUCGCAGCUCUGCGGAGAGCUCAGACUCGAGGACCCUUCUCGCUUUCUAUUUCGUCGAGGGCGACUCCAAGGAGGAGCUAAAGAGGACAAACCAUCUGGAUGUCAUCGCCAAAUCACUGGUCUGGCAAUUUGUCCAGGCUGAUGCCUCAUACAUGAAGUCUGUUGCCAAUAUCUGCGAGAAAACUAAAGACAUGGAUCCACACGAGAUCCCUGGUCGGCUGCUGUUUGAUAACAAGGACAUCGGCCAAACCAUCGACGCCAACUUCUUCCUUGUCAUUGACGGCUUGAACGAUAUCGUCGGCGAUACCUUCGUUUCAUUCCUGCAAAACGCCCUGGCAAGUUCUGCAUCGCACCGCAAAAUCCGAAUCCUCUUAACCGGCCGUCCACGCGCAUUCGAGCAAAUCUCCGCGAAUAAAGAUAUCACGUUCCGCGCAAUUCACAUCAGUGAGAGAAACCGUCAAGAUAUCGACAUGUAUAUCGAGUCAAGAAUGGACACUAUCGACGCCCUGAAGAAUAAAGAGCGAUUUGGAGUCUCAGAUCUCCGAGAGAAGAUCCGCGUUGCGCUUCGUGACAAGACAGCAGGCGAUUACUUCAGAAUCAACACCCUUCUCAAACGAAUCAGCCACCUGGACUAUGUGAAUGACAUUGACCAAGUGCUUGAGAACGCGGGUAAGGAGCGGUCGCAGCAGAUCGAGGCUGAAAUUGAAUCCCUUAACAACGUGAGAAGCUCCAAGGAGAUUGUCGAAAUCAACGAGAUUAUUCUUUGGAUUCUGUAUGGCAGGGAAUGGCUACAGCCUCGGCAGAUGGCUGCUGUCUUGUAUACUCAAAGCGGCGAGCUAUCCCUGCUAACGCUCGAGGCGAAGCUCCAGCUGAAGUAUACUUUAUUCGAAGUGGACAGUGACGGGGACGUGGAUUUCCGCUCUUAUGAAAUCGUCGACCUGAUCCCUGAAGGAGGCCAGUCUUCCAAGGACGAAAGCCAAAUUGCAAAGAAAAUCCUACCGGAGGAAAUAGACAUUGUCAGACACUUUCUUCGCAGCGUCUGUCCACCCCAGCUGUACGACAAGUUCAACUUCGAGGCGGUAUUCGAGCAUAAACUCCACCAUACAGGUGGGCAUAUAUACCGCGAUGACAAGGACACUGCCGAGGCUAAGCUUGCGAUGACUUGCCUGCGUAUUCUCACUGAAGAAAGAGAUAAAAGACGGGAAACCCUCAGGGCUUACUCUGUCAACUACUUCUAUCAACAUCUAUCUGCAGUUGAUCUUUCACAAGUUGACCGACAGUGGAAGCGAGUUAUUGGCCCACAGCUAGUAAAACUAUUCCUUGACGAAGCUUCCACUGAUGCGCUUUUAUGGACCAAGAACGCGGACGAUGCUGCAAACUUUGCAUGGAUGGCUCGUUCUGCGUGGUUAGAUGGCGCUGGUGCGACAAAAGAGGUUGUGCGCUGGCUGCGAGAGUCGGUGUCAAUUACAGAUGUAUCUGGCGACUCAGCCAGAGCCUGGGUAUCCAGUCUCACUAGUAGCUCAAAUCCCGAAAAUGAAUUACUUCAAAGCCUUGCAAAACGAAUGGUCGUGCAUUGGCUCCGAGAAGAGACGCCGCAGGUAUUAGCUGUCUAUGCAUUCUCCUUCAUUCUCGGUUGUGUGAAGAAGAUUAAUAACGACAAAGUUCAGGGGGGUAGUGCAGACCAGGAAGUUCCAACCGCCGAGGACAUAGCCGAAAUCGAAGAAUGGUCACAUACCCUGCUGGAUGGUGAAAAAGACUCACUAUGGGAGGUCCAGGUAGCCGUUGUCCUGCGUAAUUUCCACUUCGACCUGCAGGCUGAAAAGAGAUGCCGCCAUGCACUGGAGCUAGAGCCCAAAAACUGGAGAGCGUCGUAUUAUUUGGCGCAUGUCGUGUCGUCGAACAAGGAAGCCGUCGACAUUCUGAACAAUCUUAUUGAAAGCCUCGGAGCCGACGAAGAGUGGAUGCAAGGGCCAAACCAUGUCUGGGCUUUUGCGGAAAUGCUUUUCGACCGCGGACAGCGGUUCUGGGAAGUAGAAAAGUUUGACGAUGCUAUUCAAUCGUUUACCAAAUCAAUCCAGGUUAACUAUACCGGGUUCAAGCGGAUUUUGGCCAUAAUCGAACAGUAUUAUGAUAGACGCCUGUGGUCGGACAUCCUGGCACUGCUCAAAACGAUUCAAACCGGCACUGGCGACAAAGCGCAUCUAUCUAGGAUGCUCGUUGACCUUGCUGCCGAGGAGACCUUCCACAGUAUCAUCUUGCAAACAGCUGUCGAGACAGGCCAGUUCGAAUUUAUCGAGCAGGUAUACGACGACGCCAUCAAGCUAUCGACCCAACGCGAAGCGUUCACCAGCUUAUACUAUAUCCGGUAUCACUAUGCGAAUGAGAUAUUCCAGCGGGAUAACGGAGAGGAACGCGCUAUCGGGCUCUGGGAGGUCGCAUUAAGAGACGACCUCCCCCGAUCGUUCUUAGACAUCGAUUAUAUCCUACCAAGCUUGACGAUGAAGUUAGCACCGAUAUAUCUAGCCAAAGCAAGAGCAGCAGGAAAGGACUCAGAAACAGCCCGGGAUUACCUCGAACGUAUUUCAUCAAUCACCCCUGACGAAGCAUCCGAAAGCCAUGUCAUCCUGCCAGCCAAGCUCUAUCUCGCGCGCUACUACCAAGUCAUCGGCGACGAGAAAAAGGCGAAGCAGAUUGUCCGAAGCGUGGUGAAAUUGGCUCUUGAGAUGCUAUCCGACAGUGACCUCGAGAAUGAUUAUCUCGCGUACUGGCGGUUGUUGCUAGUGUUCCUUCCUCUGAACGAUGACCAGAACGCGCUGGCGGCGGUUGUAAUGGCCGCAUUAGCCAGUCGAACAGCAUUUGCAAAUGUGAACCCCGGCGUACCACAUCUAGACGAAGUCAAGAGAAACGGCAGUAAAGAUCAAGGAGGGAAAGAGCACAGCAAGAAAGAGCGAAAAGAGCAAAGCCCUCGACCUCCGGCCACGCGCAAUAGCUUGCAAACAGGCCCAGAGCAGUCACGGCCGAGUACACCGAACAGUGCACCCAGGACACCUGAGCUCAGACCGACAGACCCGGAAACAGACGAGGAGCUGCCGCCUGUUUUUGCGAUCUGUGAUGGUGGUUGUGGUAGCUAUUGGGAGACGGCAAGUGAGAUGUGGUGGUGUAAGGAUUGCAUAAACUUGACUUUCGAUCGGGAUUGUUUUGAUCAGCUCCAGAAUGAUUCUUUGCCGUUGAAGUUGUGCGAUAAAGAGCAUGAGUUCUUGGAAGUCCCUAAGUGGGAUGAUUCCGUGCUCAAAGAUGCUCCGCGGGGCUCGGUGCCGUAUGGUGGGAAGAUAAUUUCUCUCGAGGAGUGGAAGAGGGAAAUUGUGAAGAAAUAUGUAGAGUAA